AGCCAAUCGCUUAGAUUGUCGAACGUCGUACAAACCCAACGACGUAAGCAGAGAAUACGCUGUUAGGAUCCGUAUCACACAGGCCGCGGUUCAGCUGUACCUAAUUGCUCCUUUCGGAGGGUUAAUGAUAAUGGGUAUUCGCACCAGUUUGGUGCGAUUGUGCGUGGGCAUUCAUCAAAAGAAUACAUGCACACCAAGAUACGCCGUAAGUUUCCAACAGAAGCAACAGGAGUCCCGGAAAGGGCGUGUCCCGGAGCAAAUGCAUCAUGGGGUGCGUAUAUCUCGUCGCCGGAUGCCUUGUGAGUGAGGACAUCCUGCUCCGAUGCGGCGCAAGUCUCUCUGUGUAAUAAAUGCCCUCUUCGGUGAUAGAUGAUAGCACCAUAAAUCGUUCUUAAAUACGGCCACGCCAGCAUCAUCAUCAGAUGGAAAUCGCCAAGAAAUCACUCCACAACAUCCUUUGAUAUACACGAUUUUCACAUCAGCGAAUAUGUCUAAGCCAGUCUUUGUUCUUCUCCACGGCGCGUGGCAUAGUCCUACGUGCUGGGAUCAUGUUAUCGCCGCACUAAACAGGCAAGGUUACUCGGCCGUCGCGCCCGCACUCCCUUCGACCGGUUCCACCCCGCCGACACCAGACUGGUCCGGAGAUGUCAAAACAAUCCGGAAGACCGUCUUGGAACUUAUUCAAGAGAAUCACAACGUGAUUGUCGUCGCGCAUAGCUUCAGUGGCAUGACUGCUGGCACGGCCUUAGAAGGCCUGGAUAAGCGGGCAUGCGAGUCUAAAGGAUUGAAGGGCGGAGUCGUAAGAUUGAUCUACAUCAAUGCUUUUCUCGUUCCAGAGGGUUUCCAGCACUCUCCACACGGCACCCGGAAUAACAUGAUUCCUGAAAUGAAGACAGAUUUUACUGCCGGCACCAUCAACGUCCAACCCGAAGAUGCGAAGGAUAUGUUUUAUCAAGAUCUAGAUGAUAAUACCGUCGCUGAGCUCUCGAAGAAUUUGCGCCCGCAAAGUAUCGCAUCCUAUUGGAGUACUACUACCUACGCUGCUUGGCGCUACAUCCCGACCGCAUACAUUCUAUGCGCAGGAGACCGACCAACAACCGUCGCCGCGGCGCAAUACCUUAUUGAUACUGCGAAGUCAAGUGGACCUCAUAAGAUUGAUGUGAUCCUGAAGAUCGAAGCUGGCCACUCUCCCUUUUUGAGUAUGCCUGAGUACACGGCUGAAGCGCUCACUCGGAUUGGACAACUAUAGUUUAGGAGAUAUGUAUUUCUUGUAUUAUUAGGUAUUUGGGUACCCGGCGUUGGAUAGAUUGACUUCAUAACUGUUUAUUAUACUUGGCGAAUAUGAAAAAUUCAUUGAUAUUCCCAUUCUUCCCCCCAUCAUUUCUCUCAGUUAGUCCUUUCGUUGGAAUGGUCGUUGUCCGAUAACAGUCAAUCGGCCUACGUUAUAAGCAAGUUUCUGCCUAUCCCGAAAGACCUUGGAGAUCACACCCCGACACGUAUCGCCAGAGCCAUUUCGCAUAGGAUCCAAGGCCUUGUAGCUUACUUCUUCGGAUGCCAUUAACGCAGUAUCCAAUUGAAAAACCAACAGGUCCAACGGAAACGGCCUAUUAUCCUUUGCAACAUUUGUGAGCCCAUAUUCCUCAAAAAAUUUCGGCAACUUAAUCGGCCAACUGCGACGGAAUUAGCUCACGGCAUCAGCCUAUUCCCGUAC